AUGUCCAAGAUGUCUUCAGCCUCGGUGCUCAAGGACAAGCUUUGCAAUGCCACUAGGAUCGCUGCUGACCGCUCCUCGAAUCCUUUCUAUAUUGCUGAUGACAUGGAUUUUUUCUUGCUUAAAGAACGGGAAUGGACUAAGUCUCUCGCAGAUAGAAUCCAGAAGCGGAUCCAGCGGGUCCAGGAUAAGCGGACUUACUCGUCCGAGGCUCUGUCCAAAAACAUCAGCCUGCGACGCCAGCUCCAGUUGGAAGAUCUGCAGGACCACCUGAAGGUUCGAGAUGAGGCCCAGAAGAUGCAAUCUUUCCACCAAAACUCGCUCUGGAAACUCUUGAUGAGCAAAGAAAAGAAAACAGAAUCUGAGGACAUCAACAACUACCUGGAGCGCAAUCGACAGAUGUUCCUCCUCCAGUAUGCCUUGGAUAUGAAGCGGAGAGAGAUCCAGAGGAUGGAGAUCCUGGUCAGCAAGGAGGAGCAGGAGCUGCUGCAGGCUGAGAAGUCCCUGGAGCAGGACGCGGCCCUUUUUGACGAGUUCCUUCGGGACAACGACUGUUGUUCGGUGCAGGCGCUCAAAGUGGCUGAGAAGGAGACCAAAGCCAAGAUAGAGAAGGUCAUUGAGAUCCGGGAUCUCACAGCCCAGAUGCUGAACAUCAAAAGUGAAAUGGCCAAAUUUGAGGACAUGCUCCAGCAGUACAAGGUCUACAAAAACUUUCUCUACAAGCUGUCUCCCAAGGACUGGCAGGAAGAACAGAAGAAAAAGCAACAGAGUCUCAAAAGGAUCAGAGAUGAGGCCCUGGAGGGUUCUCGUGGCAGACAAAAAGAGACCAAACAUAAGGUCCAUUCUAGAGGUAGCAUGUCCCCCAUGGUGCUGGGGUCUCAACAUCUGGAGCCCAGCCUGCCUCUGCUUCCUGUGGAUGGGCAAGGCUCAAAGAAGCUCUUGUCACGACACCGGAGCAGCAUGAGCAGACCCACCGUCCACGGCAGUGUGUUCACUGUGGCCACCUCAAAGCCUAGCCAGGUGGACAGCAAAUUGUCCACCACCACCAUGCUCAUGCUGGAUGACAUGGAGAGCGACGAGGAGGUGGUGGACUUGUAUUUCACUGAGCCGAAGCAGCUCCUGGAUCUCUUCGUGGUCCUGGAGGAGAAGAACUUGUCUCUGAUCCAGAGCACGCAGGAGAUGCAGGAGACCCUGGAAGACCUAGAGUUCACCCUGAAAAACACCAAGAACCGCAUGUAGGUCUUGCGUGGGCUGGGCCCCUUACAUGAGGCAGGUGGGGGUGGGAGAGAAUGUCUGCUUGAUCUCCACAGGGACAGAGAGGUCAAGCAGCUGAAGCAAUGGAUGGAGACAAUGAUGGCGUCCAUCAAUAAGGAGGAAGAGACAGCAGCUGAUCUCCAGCUCAGGUCUAGAGUCUUCCACUUUGGCCAGUACAAGGGUGGUCAGGAGGACAAGCUGCUGGAGAGCCUCAACCGCAAGGUGUCUUCCGUGUACAAGCAGUGCAUCAGUGGCCAGCAGGAGUCCAACCUGGGCACCGUGCAGAUGCUCACGGUCAUUGAGCACCAGCUUAAUGAGUUGCUAGAGAACCUGGAAAGCAUGCCUCCCAACAGGGUGGCGCAAGCCGAGAUCGCCAAGGAGAAGGAGCGGCGCCAGAGAGCCCGGGAGGAGAAGAUCAGGCAACAGAAGAUGCAGCAGGAGGAGAGGCUGGCACGGUUCCAGGCACGGUCCCAGUCAGAGAUCAAGAAGAAGGGAGGUCGGCGGCUGGUGAACCGCUCCAAGCCACCGCUGAUGAAGACCAAGCAGCUGCCCCUGCAUGAAAAAGCCGACAAGGAGAAGGAAGAGCAGCUGUUUUUCUUCACAUAGAAAGGCUGGGCAUAGUGGCUAAGGAACGAGGGUGGGCCAGAGAUUCACAAGGCCCAUUUGGCCUCAAGGGGUGUCCCUGUCUCCUGCUAAACCUUCCCUGUGCAUCCCCAUCUCCUGCAGGACCGUGCCUGUGCACCCCUACCUUUCUUCUGUAUACCACCAUCUCCUGCUGAACCAUCCCUCUGUGCACCAUGUCUCCUGUUGGAUUGUCUCUGUCUCUCUGUGUACUCCUUCUGUUGGACUGUCCCUUUGUGUCCCAUCUCCUGCUAGACCAUCCCUCCAGGCAUCUUAGUCUCCUGCUGGAUAGUCUUUCUAUGCAUCUGU